AGGGAUAGUUGGUAAGCAGCUGCAACAACAAUGACUCCUGGAAUCAAGUGGAUUCUCUCUUUGUCCAGCCAGCGCAGCAGUGCCGGACACCAAAUUGCGGCCGGCGAGCCGCCACCAGACGCAGGCCGAUUCGGACGCGCGCGAACCCAAGGAUGGCGGGCCCGGAGCCGCAAUGACGAUUCGCCGUUGCCAGUGGUGACGCCCGCUCUAUGUAUAGACGACCACGUCCACGCGGAGGAGCAGUCCGUCUGCUCCAACCGGACACAGCCGACAGGGACGAAAUAA